GCGACUACAGCAGCUACAAGGACGGGAACGCAACCCACCUGCAGUACGUACCUGGAGAUGGCCGCGAAGCGCUGCGUGGGCGCAGACAAGGAACGUAUCGAAGCGGUGCUCAACAGCUUGGCGCCGAAGCCAGGCUUCUCGCAAGCACCACAGCCAGGCACUCGAGCGGCACCUCGGGCAGCAGAGGACGCAGCGCAGAAGGCGACCAAUGCACAGCAGAGGACAUACAGGCGGCGGGAACAGCUCAAGGCAGACCUGGAGCAGGCGGAGGAGGACUUCCUCGAGCGUUCCGCCGAGGUGGCAGCAGCGGAGGACCGAAUCAAGGAGGAGCUACGUCAGCACCCGCUGGGCACGCAGCGGGGCGAAGGUGGAGGUGCCAACAAGCCAUCGCUGCCCAUCGGUGCUUUGCUGGGCGACGACGACCUGAAGGUGGACAUGGGAGAACUGUUGAAGCUGGGCGAGGAGGACGCCUUCAUCAGCGCAGAAGACAUCGCAGAGCUGGAAGCGAGGAAGGCCAACUUCGCGCAGGAGGCGAAGCAGGCGGCGAAGCAGGCAUUCGCGGCAGCGGCCACCAAGCCCAAGGAGCAACGUCAACGAGAGCAGGAGUUCCUGGAGGAGCUCAGGGCCAAGAAGAAACGGAAGGUGGAGGAGUACGGCAAGGGAGCAGGCAAGGACGAUGGCACCGACGUGGAGAUCGAGGAGCCGCGCGCAGUCGAGGUCGCAGCAGAGGCGGCUCUAGGGGGCGAGUCACCGCCAUCCGAUUACACCGGCGAGGAGCGCGAGUUGCCAUGGCAGCUGCAGUUCGAGAACGCAACCAGCGAGAACAGGAUUGCGCGGAGGCGGCCACCAGCCUACAUGCAGGACGCAGUGGCCUACCAGUUCUGCGCAGAGGGCGCAAGGUCGCGCGGUCAGGAGCGCGGGGGGCGGGCGCAGGCGGUGCAGGAGUACUACAUCACGCCGCUGAGCGCGGGCUUCGAGGAGCAGCGCAAUUACAGAGGAUGCGGCCAGGAGGUGAAGCUCGAGAAGGUUGCGUUCAAGCCGGGCAUCGACGUGAAAGCCGACUGGGACCAGCCCAUACAGUGGCGGGGCACGCUGGCGCCGCGGUUGGCGGAGUUGCAGCGCUGCGAGGGCAAGGGGCCCAGGGCGUCGAGGCUCGAGAACCUGCGCGGGAGCACGGCGGGCACCGCGCCGCUCAACGGAGGCAUCGGCAACCGCGCGGAGGCGAAGGAGGCGCUAGUGGGCUACGCCACCUGGGCGCAGGGGCAGGAGGCAACCGGGGCGGGCAAGCUCCAAAGGACAACGAGGGACCAGCCCAGGCGCGACAACGAGAUCCGCAUCGGGGACAGGGAGACCAGGAGCAUGGCCGACUACAUGGACGCGAAGGGCGCACAGUGGGCCGCCAAGUGGAGGAGCCAGACGAGCCGCGAGCAGCUGCUCAACGCUUUGGAGCUCGCGCGCAGGCUGCUCAAGAGGAGGAAGCAGCUCGUGCGGCUCAUCAUGGACGUGGAGACUCGUGGCACGUUACCAUGGCAGCUCAUGGUCACGCUGGUCAGCCUGUUGCGGCAGGACACCGGAGGCGACAGGUCGAACGGGUUGCUCCCAGAGGUUGUGAAGCUGUGGUCCAAGACUCGCGGCGAGUAUACCAACGAGCGGGUCGUCUCCAUGGCUCGCAAGUGGGGCGCAGCUGUGGCAGGCAACAGUGCCUUAAAGGAGGCGGUGGUCAGGCCCUUCGCCGACGAGGUCUUCGAGCGGGCGCCCCAGAAGAUGUACGCGGCGACGGUGUUAUGCGACCUGGCGAAGGUGUUCGGCUGGGGCUGCCGUCGCGCACUUUGCACUUUGAUUGAGAUGCUGAACCGCCGGCGCAGCCGCUCGGUCAGGGAGAAGCCGGCCUACGCAGAGCCUGUCGAGCCAGAGAUGUCGAUUUGCGCGGGAGCGAGAAGAGGCAUUAUCUUCGGCAGGUUCGCUUUGUGCGCUUCCUUGAAGAAGGUCCGCGCCAAGUGCCAGCAGGUGUGCGUCAAGUCGUGGGUCGACGACGUCACGGCGAGGACCGAGGGCUCCAAGGCCAAGCUGGCGCUUUCCAGGAAGUCAGCGGCGAUCGGCAAAGGCAAGGAGGUCACGCAGGAGAUCGCUCCACGGUUGCGCAGUCGCAACAUCACCGCCUCGCUGAAGGAGCAGGCGCCAGACUUAGGCAUCGACAGGGGCAGCAUUGCCAAGAGCAAGUUCAAGCGCGCCAGGCGGGUGGCGCACGCGGACAGACAG